AUGAUCGAUAGAAGUUAUUAACUUAAUUCUUCUUAUGAUUCGCAAAGUACGUUGCCUCCAAAGAAUAAACAAUUCUCUCCUGUUAUUACGUAACUUAUGAGGAAGGACAGAGAGAUUGAACAAAUGCGGGAUGAGUUAUCAUAAUAGAAUUAUUUGAUCGAUGAGUUGUCCCAAUAAAUUCAUUACUUAGAACAAUAACUUAGAGACAAUGAAGGAUUCAAAGAAAAGUAUCAAUCGUUAAGCGAAGACUACAAUUAACAAUAAAAAGAUGUUCAAAAAUUAAAAGUACCUGUUCAGACUACUACAGCCAAAGAGAUUCUCAAUUUGUUUCUGGACCAAGAGAAAUAAGGAGAAGACAAUGUUCAAAUUAAAUACAUCGAAACCACACCAUAUUACUAAUAGGAAUUGCAAGAGUCCAUAAACAGAGAAUUAGAAUAAAAGGAAAUCUUAGACAUAUUUAUGAGACAUUGCAGCUAAAUGAAUUAGUAGAUUCUCUAGAAGAAUCAAGAGAUCCUCCAAUUGACCACAUAGAAACAGGAAGAAAUGGUGGAGUAACUAAUCAAAAAGGAGGAUGAAUUAUUAUUUUAUAAGGAGAAGAGCAGGGUUCUUUUUGAGUUGUUGCAAUGCAAUAUGGAUAUUACUAAGUUAUAUUAGAAGUAGCAUCAAGGAUUGAGAUCAGCUCUAAAAGGCUGUUGGACUAUUAAUAUGGACCAAUCUCAGUAAAUCGAAUAAGUAAUUAAAUUGUUGGACAAUGCAUUUCACUAAGGCAAUUCUCUGCCUUUCAAGCCAAUAUUGGAUCAAAUCAAAUAACAAACAAAUCAAAACUACUCCAAUAAAAUGAUGUCCUAAUUAGAGUUAUUUAUCCAUAAGGUAUGUGUAGUGGAAGGGAAGACUGCCUUUGAUAAAGUGUAGAAGGUGAUGAUCUAAUUAGAUAAGUAUCAAUAGGUGUGCUAGAGUAUUUAAGAAGAGAAAUAGGAAAUGAUUGAAGAGCUGUAAUUUUAUAAAAAUAAACUGUUGGAGCAAGAUGAAACCAUCAAAGAGUUCGAGAAACUAUUAAGCGAGAUGGAAGAUAACUAUCAUUAAUAGUUGAAUACUCAGACUCAAUAGUUGAAUGAAAUCAAUUAAAAGAAUGAAUUGAUUGCUCAUUAUCAAUUAAUCUUGGAUGACUACAAAUCGUAAGUAGCAUCAAAAUAGGACCAAAAAUUAAUAAAUGAUUAGGAUGGGGAAAUCCAGAAAGAAUAAUUGCUGGAAGAAGUUCUAAAAAUAAUAACCAUGAUUCUACAGGGUUACAAUACAAUGACGAAUGAUUAUCAACUAAAUAUUGAUGUAAAUGGAAUCAAUUUGAAUAAGAAAGUGCAAAUCGACAUCAAUCCUGUGAUCCACAAUUAUAUAAACAAAAUACAGCAAUAAGUGAAUAGUUAGUUUAUGACAACAGGUAAAAAUUAUUAUGAACUCACCAAUCAUAUGGUCAAUUGCUUGUAAUUGAUGAAGCAACAACUACCUCAGCAUCAAUUGAAAAACUUUAUGAAUAAUGCGAGUAUUGAAUACAUCGAGAAGUUCAAUCAAAUCAGUUAUUGCUAUUUUGUAAAGCAAGAAAAACUCACCAGCGCAGAGAAAGAUCUCUAUAGGAAAUACUACGCUUAUAUACCAAGGUUGUUGGGAGAACUGAUUGAAAACCAAACACAAACUUUUAUCAAACUACUCAGAGAAAAAGUUUAUAAUAGCAUAAUGUGUGAUCCUAUUGUUACUAAUAAACAAUUUUAAUGA